CUCUAAUAACUCUUGCAUGCACCAACAAAAUUUAGUCGCCUGCCCUAACCAGGUUAAUGGUGCCAAAGUUAUAUCCCUCCUCCACCCACUCAAUCCCUCCCUCCCUCAUCUAGAUCGGAUCAUUAUCAUGUGACACUCCCCCUUUUUUUAACAAAUUUUUAAAUAAUCUCAGAUUAACGGGAAAAAUUGAAUAGAAAAAAAAGGGCACCGGGCUCAGAUUUGCAACCAUACGGCGGCUUCAAUGAAACCCUCACCCCCAAAUCUCCUCACCUUCCAUUUUAUCCUUAUAGUUCUCUCAUUUUUUAUCCAUAAAUCUCUUGCUGUAGGUGUUGAUCGGGAUGAGGCUAAACAACUUAGGGACGAGGUGCGGGGAAUGUUCUAUCAUGCGUUUAACGGAUACAUGGACCACGCUUUUCCACUGGACGAAUUAAGACCACUAACAUGCAAAGGAGAAGAUUCACUUGGUGGUUAUGCUUUAACUCUCAUUGAUUCUCUGGAUACAUUAGCAUUACUUGGUGACCGGGAGCGAUUUUCUGCUUCUGUUGAAUGGAUUGGUAAAAACCUUCGCUUUGAUAUUAAUAAAACUGUAUCAUUGUUUGAGACAACAAUCAGGAUACUUGGAGGCUUGCUUUCCGCACAUCUUAUUGCUAGUGAUUAUGCUACGGGAAUGAGAGUUCCAUCGUACAACGACGAGUUACUCCACUUAUCUGAAGAUCUAGCUCAAAGAUUGUUACCAGCAUUUGACACUCCUACAGGAAUCCCAUUUGGAUCUGUCAAUUUAUUGCAUGGGGUUGAUGAUGAUGAAAGCAAGAUAACUUCAACAGCUGGUGGAGGUACUUUGACUUUAGAAUUUGGGGUGCUAAGUCGCUUGACAAACAAUCCAGUUUAUGAGCAAGUUACGAAGAAUGCGGUGCGGGGAUUAUGGUCGCGCCGAUCAAAACUUGACCUUGUUGGCGCUCAUAUUAACGUUUUCACAGGUGAAUGGACACAGAAGGACGCUGGAAUAGGAACAAGUAUCGACUCCUUUUACGAGUAUCUUCUGAAGGCCUACAUAUUAUUUGGAAAUGAGGAAUAUCUAUUUAUGUUCCAAGAAGCUUAUAGGGCAGCAAUGCACUAUCUCUACAACGAUCCUUGGUACGUAGAGGUGAAUAUGAACUCCGCUCAACUUGUCUGGCCACUGUUUAAUAGUCUGCAAGCAUUCUGGCCAGGACUUCAGGUUUUGGCUGGCGAUAUUGACCCUGCGAUUAGAACGCACGCUGCUUUUUUUAGUGUCUGGAAAAAAUACGGCUUCACUCCAGAAGGAUUUAAUCUUGCUACAUUCACUGUCCAGUAUGGUCAAAAGAGUUAUCCCCUUCGUCCAGAGUUAAUCGAAAGCACAUAUUGGCUGUACAAAGCGACCAGAGAUCCAAGGUAUCUUGAUGCUGGGCGGGAUAUGGUUGCCAGCCUUCAAUAUGGAGCGAAGUGUGCGUGUGGGUAUUGCCAUAUAUCAGACGUGGAGUCCCACGUACAAGAGGACCACAUGGAAAGCUUCUUUCUCGCAGAAACAGUAAAAUAUUUGUGGCUUCUUUUUGACUUAGCUGCGGGACCCGACAACCUUGUCGAGAAUGGGCCAUACAAGUACAUUUUUAGCACAGAAGGCCACUUAUUGCCUGCGACGCCAGAAAUUUCCCUGGUAAAUGAACAGUGUUCUUAUUUAGGUGCAUUCUGCAGAGCUUAUGAUGCAAGGCGUAAAUCACCUUUCAAUGCCUCAGAUGAUGCUUCUCAAGAAAGUAAUGGGUCAAAGCUCCACUUUAGUUGGGGUUCAACUAGUUUUUCUUCUGACCACACAUUCCAUGGAUCUGGUUCCAGAUCGGGGUUGAUUAAGGGUCUCUGCCCUGGACUAACUCAUGGACAGAAGUUAGGUAUAUCAUAUCUAGCUGAAACAGAUAUAACUCACAAAGCUGACCAAACAAAUCAACAAGAAGUUACUUUGGUGCAGAGUAAUUCUGUGAUGGUUAUUUCUAACUCCAAAUCCAUACCUCGAACCGAGAAGAAUGACCUCGGUGACAUACAAGAUCCUAGUCCUACCAGCUCAGAAGUGACCCAUCCGGGCCAUCCCAAAAAUGAAGGCGAUGUGCCUGCUUCUAGUUGAGAAAGUCGGUUAAAGAGAUGGAUGUAUGAUAUGGUUUCAACCUCACAUGUGGCCUCCCAACACCCUAUCGUCUUUUUGUGGUUAGGGUGCAGGGAUGAAUGAUAGACCAGCUCUGCAGGUAGGUUGUAUGUGAAACAGAACCCAAAAUAUACCCCCUACGUGCCCUGGAGAAAUUAUCAAUUCAUUUUCUGACGAUUGGGGUGUCUACCUUGGGUUGCUCCUUAAUUUUGCUUAGGAGAGUUGUAUGGAAUUCAUACAUGUAUAGAGAGUUAAAUAGUUUCAGCUCACUGUCUGGAUCAUAGUAUGCAGUUGUGCACUAGUGACUACUUAAAAACAUCUCUACCUCUGUUAUACAGAUAAUUUAUGAAAAAUUACACACAAGGAAAAACUUUUUUUUUAAGAAAAAAAUUGAUUGAUGAAGAAUCGCUAAAG